AUGAACCCUCCAGCCUUUACAAGAGGACCUGAUUCGGUGGCAAGGGAGAAUUGGGUACAGGAGAUGGAGGAAAUUAUGACUGUACUCGAUUGCAUGAACGAGCAGAAAGUCCAAUACGCUGCUUUCAAAAUGACAGGAGAGGCGAAGCGCUGGUAUUUUCCUUCAUCUGUCAGAGAGGGAAAGAUAGAGGAAUUCACCAAUUUGACCCAAGGAUACAUGACAGUUGUGGAGUAUGCGGCUAUUUUUGUGGAACUGUCGUGUUUCACUCCAUUUAUGAUCCCAAAUGAAGUAAGGAAAGCCAGGAAAUUUAAGAAAGGCCUGAGGUGCAGAAUCUACGAGCUGGUGGUCGGGUUUCAGGUCCAGAGUUUUUCAGAAUUAGUUGAUAAAGCCUCGGUGUUGGAGAAGAGUAUCCAGAUAAGCACUAAGCCUUCAGAGCAGAAGAAGAGACCUGCACCAUUUGGUUUCUAG